AUUCAUCUCCUGGGUGAAAAGUAUAGGUUUUCUGUGGAUGAAAGGAAACUUUUGCUUGAACGUAGCCUAAUGAACAAAGAUGUUCAAUAUAUGUAAUCGAUGAAGCUGAUUCCGUAUAUGGACACGUAACUACAUUUGGAGCCAAUUUUAGUCAAAAAAGAAGGUGGGCCAUUCUUAAUCUUAUGCUGCCCCUCCCUUUAUACUACGACAGUUAUUAUGCUAAAUGAAGUAAGAAUGAAUGAAAGAAUUCACCAAAUUGAUGUGCUUUAGGUUAUAACUGUUUACAUUGCUUUUUUUUUGACUGAAAUUAGUUACUGUAACUCCAAAGCAUGUAAAACAAGUUACGUGAAUGAUAUGUAUAUACUUAGAUUAUAAACAGAUAAAGUAAUAUUAUCCAUUUAAGAUGUAAUAACAAUAGCCUUGUUUUAGUUCUCAACAACUAACAAUAGUUUCGUUCUCGACACUAAAAUAUAUGUACAAUCAAUACUCGAUAUACAUACGAAAUUUUCCAGACUAACAACAGAUCUGCACUUGAAUUCCGUGCUCGUUAAUGUAUGAAUUUUUUAACUACCUUUACACUAGUUAUUGUCUAAGCCUCUUGAUUCUUAUCUCUAAGGCGUGUCGCAGAUUUAUUAAAUUCAAUGCUAUUACCGAGUUAACUGGAAAUACAUCGGAGAUAUUACUAGUUCGUUAUUGUGAUUUGAUUUUAAGAAAUCGGUAAGGGUUAUGUUUAAUGUAUUAUCGGUACAUUUAAAUGAUGCAUUUCUAUUUUAGUGAUCGAUGUGAUGUCGAAGACUUGUUGAAUAAAAUAAUAGUAUGUUGAAAAAAAAGCACAUUUUUAUUUAUCAGAAGGCAUUAGAGACGUCUCGAACGGGACGGAGGAAUCUCUCUGUUUCUUGAUGUUUACUCCUGAUUAAGGGGUUAAAUUAUUACGACUCUUCGAGGCACCCCUUGAAUGAAUAUUUCUUCUUGAGCAGUGCUCAAAUAAGAUAAUCAAGAAGAUUAAGUGGAUUUGUGAGGAAACUUUUAAAAAAUAAAACGAAUCGAAAAUUAAUUUUGCAGAGACUAUAGACAAAACUGAAAUGAUGAUUUAGUUUAAUUCCAAACAAAUCACGAUUAUUUUUAGUGGAUGAAACCUUGUCCUGUUUCAUGAAAAUCAAAAAAGGUCGAUCAUUUGCACUCUAUCGAUAUGCUUAAAAAAAUGUUCAUAGAGAUUGGAAAAAAAUUGAUAUUUUUUCUCGGGUAUUCAGUAGACAUUUGAGUAUUAUUUUCAAGCAGAUAAAACAAAUAUGAUCGAAAAAAGGUCAUGAAUUUCCCAGUUUAAUAUAUGCGAAUACGUUCCAGUAUUUAUUCAAGUUAUUGCUUGAUUAAUGUAUCAAUAAUAAAAAAUAAAGUCAUAAUUUACUCUAGAUUUUUUUUCCAUUAGAUUGUAUUCAGUUAUAUUGAAGAUAAAGAUAUUUUUGAAAAAUUUUAUUGGAAAAUGCUAGCCCAACGUUUUGUUCACCAGGCAAGUGUCAAUGAUGAACAUGAAGUACUAAUGGUACAAAAAUUAAAAGAAGCAUCGGGCUCGACAUAUACAGUGAAAUUAGAACAAAUGUGUAAAGAUAUUCAUACUAGUAAAACAUUAUUGGAUGAAUUCAGGAACUGGUGUAAAAUUAACACUAUUGAUAAAACGUUCGAUUUCUCAAUUAUGGUUCUAACUACAAGUGUCUGGCCAUUUUCAGUUCCAUCGACUAUUAAAAUACCAAUUCAGGUAUCAACAUAUCAAAUGAUCAUACUUUUAUUAUUUAAUGAAUCCCCUGAAUACACUGUGGAACAAAUACAAGAUGAAACACAAAUCGAAUUAGAUUUAUUAAUAAAAAUCUUGUGUUUAUUAUUGAAAGAAAAAAUAUUCAUUUGUACUGAUUUAUCAAUCGAAGGUCAAAAUAAAAUUGAAGAAGAAAAUAUAAAAAUAAAUUUUGUUAUUAAACUUAAUUUUGAUUAUAAAAGUGCAACAAUAAGAAGAAAUUUAAAUUUACCUAUAAAAUCUCUUGAACAAAAAGAGACAGAAGAAACAAAUCGAACUAUUGAUAAAGAUCGAGCAUUAAUCAUUCAGGUUUGUACCAGUAAUCGUUCGUUAUCUAUUCAAAAUAUAAUCGUCAGCUGCUCAAUCACUUUUUUUGCAUGCAUUCAUGUUUUGAAGUUUUCUUUAUAAUAAUAUUAAUCUAAUAAUUAGGUUCGCUAGUGUGUCAACCACACUGAGCCUUACUCAUUUG